GCGCUUGCUUGCUUAUGCUCUUGCUUCGGCGUUCAGACCGAAGCAGUUGUGAGGAGAGGACAAACGCGCACUGAUAUUACAAGACGAGAUUUGCAUACUACAGCAUUAUUUUGCGCUAGACGUAAACAAAUAUUGUAAACAUAUUUUAUUUACGUGUGAAAAGUUGAGAUUGCACAAGCGAUAUGAUGCUCGAGUCGAUUGACGUGACAGUUUGUCUCUCCGGUGCUGAGACUGGUCCUUCUACUUCAAUGCACCUGUCGGAGUUGUUCUCUGUGAUGAGGAGCACGGGAUUGUUUCACAGCGGCACGUGGACUUGUGUUGCCAUUGUGUGCCACACACUUGCCUGACAUAACAGGACAGUUUAUAUGUAUCCUUAGUCUGUUCUCCUUGGAUGAUGUAGAUAUAUUUAUAAAAUCAGAUGUCUGUAUCCUAAGGGACACGUGGAUUAUGAAAGACUGCUGGAUGGUUAAAUGCAGAACAUGAUUGUUCAGCAGUAUCUGUCAUUCUGAAUGGAAAAUCUUCGAUGGCCAGAGAUGGAAACUUCUAAGAGUUGCGUCUUAAGCCCCAUGGAAAAGCCUGUAAGCCCUAGUCAGUUGCAUCUGGAGCACAUAUCCUCAGGCAUACUGAAAGAUCUGUUUAACAAUGCCACUAACAGCUACAACACACUGCUGCAGAAAGAGUCAGAUGCUCAGGAGAACCCUAAACACUCCACAGGCCCCAAAAGAGUCUCUACAGCAACUCAUCGUGAAAGACACUUGCCGUCCCUAGCUCCUCUCUCCAUGAGUGGCCUGGCCUUUGGUUGCAGAGACACUAGGCAUGCUCAGUCUGUGUUCUCCUGUUUCUCCACCAGCAAUUCCAAGCAAACAAAUAGCAUCACCGUGCUUGGCAGUUCCAUCCGUCUGUCCCCCUGCCCCAUUUCCAAGCCCAAAAACAGCUGCCCAGCUAGAACAAAACUCCCACAGCUGCCCAGAGCGCUAUCUACUGCUCGUGAUGGAGAGAACUCACUCAAGAAGCUGUGCAUCCUCACUGCUAUUAAACCAUUCAAUGUGGAGAAGGAAAAGGCCAGGUUUUUCAAAUCAGACUUUAAAAACAACCCUCAGUUUGAGUACAGCAAUCCUCUGCCUCCACAGGUACUAGCAAAGUAUAAUAAUGCUUCGGAUCGCUUUCUUACACAGGCUGUUCGGAUCAUGGAGUUGGCUUUGCAGAAAUACGGCUCCUAUGAGAAGUUUGAGCAAGCCACCGGAGGAAAUCUCCUUACCAAGAGCCGCAUCGGGUCCCAUGUCAAAAAAUACAUGGAGAAGGAAGGAUGCACAGGAGAGAUUGUGGUUCAUCUUACUGAUGACCUGCUGUCCAGAGCGUCAAUGACUGUGGUGAAUGGCAGACCUACUCUCACCAUUAACAUCUCUACUGCCAGAGAGCAAUGGCUGGAGGGGAUGCUAAGGCAUGAAAUCGGUACGCACUAUUUCCGUGGCAUCAACAACAGUCGUCAGCCGUGGAGCAGCAUUGCCGGCAGGAAGAAACACGGUCUGCGGCCCAUCAACCCCACUGAGGAGGGUCUGGCUAGCAUCCACAGCGUUCUCUUCCGCAAGGACCCUAUCCUGUGGCGUGCAGCCCUGCUCUACUACACCGUCUAUCAAGCUAGCCACAUGUCCUUUUCACAGCUGUUUCACGACCUGCGUCGAUUCGUCCACGACCCCAACACACGAUGGGACUACUGCGUCAGAGCCAAACGAGGACAGACGGACACCACACUGCCAGGCUGUUUCUGUAAGGACCAGGUUUAUUUAGAUGGCAUCUUGAAGAUUCUCAGACACCGAGAAAAGAUUGACUUCCAGCUGCUCAUGGCUUUGGGAAAGGUGUCCUAUGAGGAUGUGGAGCGUCUGAAAGGUCUGGCUCUGAUGGAUCAUGUGCGGAUUCCUCACUUCCUACAGGACCAAGCGCAUUACACGGAGCAGCUUCAUAAAAUCAUGGAGGUCAACCAGUUAACUGAUGCGGAGCUGAGCACACUCAUCUGAACAUGUGGCAUUUGAUCUUCUGUUCUUACAUGUGAAACAGCUGCUUUGUAAAUAGGUGAAUUUCACAAACCUACCCAGGCCAUGCAAUACUUUACCAAGAAUAUGUUCAGAUCACUUUUUUAAAUAUUUCCCCUCCAAUUCUGUAACAAAUUAUUUUGUUACAAAAUAAAUUUGAAUGCUGCAAUGUAAAAAUAACAUUAUAUAAGCGUAAAUUCAAAACGUGAUUUUUAUGUGUAUAAAAUGGGAUCCUGGCAUGUUUUUGUGAGUUUCACCCUGAUGAGGACUGAAAAACAAAGAGAUUUCUAGGAUAAAGACUGGAAUACAUAGUCACACAGUGGCCUAUAAAGCUGUAUUUGUUUUUCUUUACUGAAAGUUAUCAUUUUGAGUAUUUUUGCAGGACCUAUCAGAGUCCUGUCAGAAGACACUCAGGACAUGUGGAUUCUCUUUUGAAAAGGGAUUAAAAUAAAUGCCAAAAUGACAGAUUUUCAUCAGUUACAUGUUGCCAAACACUCAUAUGAACUACAAGUUCCUUAAGCCAUUUAUUUUCUCAAUUUAUUUUACUGUAAACUUUAACUUGCUUGUGUAGUAUAGUUUUACAUAUUUUUGGCUGAUUUUACAAAAAUACUUUGAUUUUGGUGCCAAUAUGUUAAUUUGUUUAAGUGUAUUUUAUAUAAGUCGACCAUCAUAUUUGUUCAAAGUAUAAAUUGUAUUAAUAACAUCUUGCUAGAACAUGUUUACUACCUUGAUUCUAUUGUUGAUGUGCAGUAUCUGACCUUUGCUGUCUUCCCAUAUUUUUAUAUAUAUAUAUAUAUAUAUAUAUAUAUAUAUAUAUAUAUUGUUGUCUUUAGAAGUUGCCUGUAAAAUACUUUACGGCCCUAGACAGUUUUCUUUUUUAAAUGACCUUCCUACAUUUAAAGGAUUUAAUAAAUGCAUGCCUUGCUUUUCCACAUAUCAUGCUCAGAUGUUCAAUCCAAAGGUAGAACACUAGAUCUUUAAUGUAGGAUGUGAUUUUUCCAUUGAUUCUAAAUGAAGUGUGAUCAUUGUUUUCAAGUGAGCAAGGAUUCAUCUUCAUUCCCACAAAGCCCUUUCAAGCACACCGUACAGUGAUCUUUUGACAAACUCUUUCCACAGGUGUCUGUUCUCACAUGUCUCUGUAAGCAGAUCCUGGAGUCACUUCAAUCACCUGCUGACUGACACCUACAUCAGGACGCACAGGACAAAAGCUUUACACACACAUACACGCACCUCAUUAAUCCCUCUGAGUGCUUAGUUUUCACACUUCCUGUAAUCUGUAGGAUUAAGCUUGGAUUUUUGUGUCAUUAGGGAAUUCAUGCAGUGCAAAUUACCUCAAAAUGAUAUGAACAGUCACAGGUGAAGCACAUAUUGUCAAUCUCUGGGUCUGUCGUCAGUCAUGGUAAAAGUUAAUGACACCUUUGGCAAAUAUGAGCAAUAAAGGCUGUGAAAAUGAAA